AUGGCCACUUCACUAUACGCUUUGGGUGUAUCCCUGUGGGAAGACGAAUCUGUCAAACCUAUAUGGUUUAUUUUUCGGGUACUCUUGGCAUGGACCGUAUUACAAUGGGUUGUAUUCAAGCUUUUGGGCGUAUCGGUAGGUAUAAUAGAUCCUUUCCGGUUGAGGCUUCGAUCACUGAAAAUACAAGAAUGGUUAAAGAUCAGAUUUGUAUACUAUUCUCUUUGGAACCAUGGAGUAGUCAUCCACGGCUUGAAACUAGAUCUGCCGCGCAAGGAAUCUAUCAAAGAGGCCAAUAAAAGCACACAGGAGAGCCCCAAAAACUAUUUCAGCAUUCCAAGAUGGGCCCAGUGGCUCGUAAUACGUAUUUUGAACCUUUUUCGACAGUACAAUUUUGUGCUAGAAAAAGCCGAUAUCAACGGCGUACUGGUUGAUUUGAUUACGGUACGUAUCGAAGCCAAAGGUUCCCAUAUAAGCGUCUCUAUGCUCCUGAAAGAUGCCACAUUUGGUGAAGCAGCUUCAUGUGCGGGUGGUGUGGUCGACCUUUCAGGUGAGCUCAAUUUUCAGAGACCUGUGCUGCCCCUCCAGAACAUCACAGUGGACCUCAAAGUAAGAGGACUGUCAGUAUCUUACGAUGGAUUACUGACGCAUCUGGCAGCAAUCAAGCCGAAAGUGGAUCAAAGCAAGUCAGAUGACAAUUUCGAAGAUGGGUCAUCAUCAUCUUCAAACACUAAGGAAUCAAAUCCUAGCCACAAUCCCGCUGAAUGCAUUGAGAGCAUCAAGUCCCAACUUUUGAAAGCCAGUGGAUUAGUAGCCAUGCUGAAAAAGUUCAAUGUGACCGCAGACAACCUGGCGAUCCGAGAUCUUCCAUUUUCCAGGCAUCCAGAGCUUAUUGAUACCGCUCGCCUGCUUUCCUUCGAAGUAUCUGCAUCCAAUCUAUCAUUUGCUCUAACAAGGCUCACUCAAGAGUACCCCGGAUUCAAGCUAACCUUCCAACCCGACGAACUUCCACUAAACAUGAAGUUCACCAUGUCUUCAAUUGCAUUUAUCCUACAUCAAAAACUAGAAAGUGAGAAGGAUGUUGCGAAGACGUAUCAUUUCUGUGAAAUUCCUAGUGCGGCUAUCUAUGGAGAUACUAAUAUACUUUCGUUGAAGUCCAUUGAAGAGCAUUAUGAUGAGCCCGUUGAGACUGUUCUCAAAUUAGUCGGCCACAUUUCUUCUCCAGUGAUAGAUUUCGAAAUCGAAGAAUAUUCUCUUUUGAAAUCGUUCAAGGACAAUAUGAAAGUAUUUCAAUCUCUAUUGAAUGAUACUGUUGAGGUGGGGCCAAGCUGUGCUAAGAAGAUAGAAAGUAAGGAGGCAAUAUUCACUUAUUUCCAACAUAUACUCCCACAGUUGGAGUCUAAAAUUACUAUUGAAGAUCCUCUGCUCCUUGCGAGUGACGGAUGUGAACUUUUAGUCGACAAGUGUUCAAUCUUAUCGCUCCAAACAAAAUCCGAUAAAUAUGCCCUAAGCAGAGAAGACGGAAAAAAGGAGAUAUUUUACAAACUCAGAAAUACGGUCGAAAUCAUGGAUCACAGCUUUACCUAUCACAAUAAGGUGAGAAAUUUCGAACAUAGAAUACUCACCAUCAACAGCAUAUCAUUCUCGGACACUGUUGAGCUAGUGCCCAAUAUUCGUGCAAACUUCAACGCUAGCGUGGACGUCUGCGAACUCGAUCUUUCAGAACCAUCGACAUUAUUGACCCUCAAUAAUAUUUACAGGAAAGCGAAUUGCAAAAUGUUGCUUGUCGAGGAGAAUCAUUUUGAUCAGCUUUACGAAAGAUUCGAGGACUACCUAGAGAAAAGAAAACAAGAGAGUGCAUCUCGCAACAUUUUUGUUAUUGAAAGUGAAACAUGCCCCAAGGCUCAGCUUUUCCAAAAACUUCCGUUUGCGUUCGAUGGUGCUUGUAUCAGCAUAAGGGGUUUAAAAGUAACUGUUGGCGCUCGGUCUGUUUUCAUGCCAAGUGACGUAAUUAGGAAUCUAGAACCACAAAGUCCCGAGGAUCUUGUCAACGGAGAGUUGAGAAAAAUGUCUCACAGCAUUGAUAGAGUGCAAAUGUCGUUAGGAAGCUCCACUGACCAAGUCCACAUCAAAGAUGAUGACAGUUCUUCGAACGGAUCCACUUUGGUCAACUCCGUAAGAACAUUUUCCUACGACGAAUUUGGCCUGGAUGAUAGCGCUUCGGAACUCUCAGGUGGUAGAGAAUGUGCUUGGCUCUUUCGCUGUUCCAUAUCCGAAAUGGUCACAACCUUAUUUUCUGAGAGAAGGAGCGACCGUCAGAAUCUUAAUGCCAAAACUGUGUUCAAAUCACCGGAUUUAAAUAUAACGACGUAUCCUGACGCACCACUUAAUGACCGAGGAGAAUGUGGGGCAGGUAAGAUUGUAGUAUCAGUCAAAUUGGGCACCGCUGAAAUGAUGGUUUCGUUAAUGACAGUUUUUCUUGUUCUUUCAGCCGCGCAUACCUUCAAGGAAACGUUCACUAUAGAUGUGAACAAGCAUAAACGAGAAUCAAAAGCAAAGCGACAUCUGUCCACACAAUUUUUGGAGAAGGGACAAAGGUCUUUUUUAAAACGUUUGAUGAAAAAAGAAGUUCUAGACUUGUUUCAAUUUGACUGUAACUCGGAUUAUCUCAGUGCAGUAUUAAUUUUACCAAAUGGCGUGAAAACAAGGUUAGAGACUUUUCGAAGUGGUUUCGUGUGCAACAGUGUCACAGACAUAAAAAUUCAUGGUCAUUUUUUUCGGAUGUGUGUUGAGUCUCCUCAGAUUACCAAUUUUUGGGUCAGGAUGGUAACCGUUGUUAACUUCAACGUGCAAGGAGUCUUGAAAGAUAUUGUAAAUCAAAUCAAUGAUCCAUCGAUCGGUCAUGAGAAUCCGGCCAUCAUGCUUUCUAAUGAGAUGUGGAGUUUUACUAUACCCCAUGGUUUUGAAAUGUACCAAAUAUUUGAUAAUAUCUCCACUACGGUCAAAAGUAUCAAGCAAAUGGUACACUCGUUGAAAACGUCAAGUAAUGAGUGCAUCAUAUACCCCCACAUAUCCGAUCCUAUUCAGAUUCCUGUCAUCAACCUCAGAUCUAAAAGAUGGAUUUUCAGCGUCGAGGAUGAUGCUUUUGAAUCUCAGCUCUCCAUGAUAUUCCAAGUAGGAUUGAAGGAACAACGAGCUCGGCUCGAAAAGUAUGCACUUUUCGAAGAAGCAGCCGUGAAAGAAUUGGCUACUGAGCGCAAGGGAAUGAAAAGAGUGGAGAGCACUUUUUUUAAUACAGACAAAGGGCGUUUCCAUCUAGGAUACUUUGGCAGGCUUCACAAGAUAAGGAGGAAUAGCUCGCCCGAUUUAGAUCAUCCACAAGCCCAUGAUGAUCCCUCCCAGAACGAGAAGUCAGAAAAUUUCCAGUACGCCGAAAUUGCGGAAUCAUGGGCACAUAAAUAUCAAAAGCUUCAAGAGCACGUCUCUACAUCAUGGAUUCGUAGAAUCAAAGCUUUCAAGAUUAAGGAGCAAGUCGAUUUCCAGAAAAACUUUGAAUUUCUUUGGGGCAAAGUGGAUCCUGAAAUCUUCCCUCCUGGUAUCAACAAGCGAAUAGUGGCGUUUGUUGCAUCACCUCCCUUGAUGAAUACAAUAAUUGAGGAUAUCGAUGUCACUAUAUCCCAGCCAUCCUUUGGCAUUGAUAAGUUCUCAGACUUCAUUCAUGGUGUGGGCAAGGGUGUCCCCAAAGACACCGCAUAUUCAAUCCUUUUCCCUAUGCAUCUGAAUGCAGAGUUCCGAGAAACACGUUGCCAUUUACGGGACUAUCCUCUGCCUUUUGUCUAUCUUCCUGAUUUGACCCCAGGGCAGCGAAAAGGUGGUAGCACUGUAUCAAUAAGAUUGCACGGCGACUUCAUUAUUUCCGAGGAUAUAAUCCGUUCUGAGAAGGAGCUGAGAACUUUGUUCGUUCCGCUCGUGCCAUCCGCCACCCUAGAGAAUGACGACAAGUACUAUUCGCUGCUUGUCCCGAGAACGUUGACAGCCAUUAAGACUUACGCCAAGGCUGAACUCGAACUCAAUUCUGACGAGAUCACGCUCGUCACUUGGAAUGGUUCUUACUCUCCUGCAAUUCAACAAGCGAUGCAGUGCUUUGAUAACUUUUCGAAACCCCCAAUAGAUCCUUCUCCUAAACUUGGUUUCUGGGAUAAAAUAAGGGAGAUCUUUCAUGCGAGAAUCUCGGUCAAGUGGAACAACGACGGCCAACUUAAUGUUGCAUUGAAAGGUGCAAAGAGUCCCUAUAUGAUGGGCGGUGAGUCUGCUGGAUUUGUAGUCGGUCUAAAAGGUGGCGUCAAAGUCGGCUGUUACGUGACGGACGAUGCCAAAAAAUUUCUAACUCUGGGCUCUGAAGAAGUUUUCUUCGCUAUUCCCAAUUUCUUCGCAAAACCACUACUAGUUUGGUCAAGAAGCAGUGCAGAUAGUUUGUUCUUCCCCAGUCAUGAAGACACAAACCUACAGCAUUACGCUUUUUUCUACAAUCUCGUUGAAUUGCCGGAUGUCAAGACCUUGGACCACGAUAUGCACUCUAUGCGAACCGAAUAUUUCGAAAAAACAGCAAUCCGACUAACUGGUGGGAUUACGCUAAAUGUUGGCAUGGUCUUUGAAAGACGAAAAACUGGAUCAAAGGAGAGAACUCUCAAAUCUAAAUCGCACUGGGACGCACGAUUAUGCAAUCCAGUGUUUAUAGACAAUCUCAAAGCUCACGAUUCGUUUGAGGGAUUCAGAAGUGAUUUCAUCCACCUCUCUUUCACCCUUUUGUCAAGCAAUCCAAAGGCUUAUAACACGCUUCAGCUCACAGCUGGAGCUUUCAGAAUAUUCUUCAGUUGGUGGCACAGUUUUUCUGGUAAUCUUCCAGUCCGCCGUGGGCCAUUGUUUGGGAUGAGCAACAUGAGUCCAAAGUUUGGAGUUCAUCUUUACACCAUCUCAUAUCACGCAGACAUUGCACCGCUAUUCAUUAGCCACAUUCAUACCCUUCUCGAUCCGGACAACAGGCUCAAGGUGGAUAAGACCCAGUCGACCAAAUUUGUAGGCCUGAAAGCAAAGACCGAGCAUUUUGUAAUGGACCUACAUCAAAGAAAAGAGGUCCUUCACGAAUACAAACAAGAAUUGAACAUUACCAAGCGAGUGUCCAAACUUAUGUUUCACGAGGGAAUUGUUUCUAAUUACGACAUUGAUGUGAGAACAGUGCAAGCUGAAUUCAGGGCUUCCGGACUCGUCGGCCAGAAUUCGGAGGCAAAGUUUGACAUCUUUGAUAACGAUAUGUCUUGGUUCGACAGCUCCGAUUUUGAUGAGGUAUUUUUGGAUAGAAUGGAGGAGAAAGUCCCUGACGUACAAAUGCAUUCUCUGGUGUACUCGCCGAAGUUUGUUUACAGAAAGCAUGCAACAUACGGUGACAAAUACCAAGUAGACCCCGAAACGUGUGAUAGGAUUGAGCCAUUCAACAAUGCUAACUACCAUGAGUGCACCCUUAGAAAUAUUGAACAAUCACCUCAAGAACUAGUCAAGAAACGUCUCAAAGCACUCGUAGAAAAGAAGGAGCAGGCCUGCGAUAGCAUCAAAGAGUCUUUGCAAUCGAAAGACCAGGAUACCGUGUUCAACUUAGAGAAGAAAAGAAAAAAGAUUGAAGGCGCCAUCAAACAGGUGGAGCAACUUCUUCAUGAUUUUCAAGAAUUCGAUAAGUAUAAUCAAAGCGGUAGUGGGGAUGACAAGCUCUCCGAAGAAACAAGCCCCAACCCUGCAUUUUCACCAGAAUUUGGUUGGCUCACUCGAGGGUCUUUCGCGAGCUCAUUUGAGCAUCGAUUUUUCAUUUUCUCAAUGUUUUUGAAGUGGAACGAGUCUGUGAGAGGCGCAGUGUACAGCUAUGUUCACCUACUAGACUUCAACAGGGAGCUUUCUUACAUUGCCAAUCACAAGGCCCUCCGGAAGGUCAAUGACAUUAUCCGGGGAUCUUCAGAAUUUGAACUCGAGAAGCAAGGCUCGGUUGAAGAGAGAGGCCAAGCGGAAUCUGCGAAAAAUAUGCAAAAUGAAACCAUAGAAAGUGUCAGUGCUGAAGAGGACAUUCUCGCUGUAUUUGAGAAAGGACUGAGGAAUCUAGACGCUGAAUUCGAUUUUAUUACACAUGACAAUCACCUUGUGCAAUUUGUUGCUCCUCAGAUUCAACUCACAACGGCCAAAAAGCCCGAAGUUUGCACAAUGAUCACGGCCCCAAGCAUUAAAUUGAAAACUGUGGGGUUUGAUGCGAACGCUACGCAAAACGAGUACAACACAGAUGUCUUCAUGAAUCGGUAUAGUCUUGUCAUGUUAAAAGCAAACGUUUUUGUUUUUCACAAGGACAGCUUCGACAACGAUCAUGACGUGUUUUUUAGCGAGGAGGGCUACGAUCAAUCGAGCGAGAACACUUGGCAGCCGUGGUUAGGACUAGAACUGUGCUUCAAUUCGUCUUCAUUGGGAAAAGAUGCGAUAAUCAGAGAUUUAUCCACCAUUUUCAGGUUCGAUAGGGUUUUCUCCUUCGCUAACGUCGCCGGGAUCAAAGAAUCUACUUUCAAAAACAGGAUAAUAUGCCAAUUACCGCGUACUAUCAUCUCUUCAAAUUCAAGACAAUAUCUUGCACUCUAUGACGUGAUCGCCCACCUGCUUGUUUACAUAGAGCCGAAAAGUGCCCAUUUGCGAAAAGAAGUUGAGAAGCUCUUGUUAAGUUACGAUACGACAAAACUGAUUCACUUGAGAGACGUCAUAACCGAUUUGCAACAUACAGUCGUUGCUUUGAACCGUCUGGAAAAGGAACUAGCGUUCAGGAGACAUAUCCUAGAUUCUGAUGGUAUCGAUGACCUGAAAUCAAUUCGAAGAAACAAAUACGAAUCUCUCAUGCGCCUUUACAUCUUGAUGGAGGUGCUAAAUACAGGCACUGAGGAACACGCUGCUGAGGAUCAAAAAAUGGUAUGGGAUCUAGAGGCUAAAGAAAUUAUCGUGCACAUGCUGCAUGAUGAUGGUGCUCCAUUCUUAGACUUGGCGUUAGCACGUUCGUCCUUCAGGCGUGUGCAGUCAUCUUAUGGGUACAAUAACAAUCGGGUGACUAUAGGGGUUGCCCAAAUAUUUAACCUUGAUCGCGAUGUCCUCUUUCAUAACCUACUGAGUCCCUCAGAUAUGGAGAAAAGAAAUGGAAAAUCGGGUAGUAGCAAUAACCCACUCAUCGAAAUAGAAUGGGAAAUCGAGAAACCUAUCGGAGGCAUGAAGGUGAUCAAAAAUGCUCUUGCCACAUUUCAGUGCUUGGAAAUCAACGUGGAGCAAGAAACUUUGACAAAAAUACUCCACUGGGUGUUUCCUGCCGAAAUCGAAGAGUUCAUACAGGCAGACAAUAAAUCUAGCUCUGGGACCAGUGAAAUCGGUGACGAAUCUUCGAGCGCCAAUUCAGAUCAAAUAAGUGAAACUAUUGGCGGCAUGGGAGAGGAUGAGCAAUUAGCUCAAAAUGAUCCCCGCGACGUGGAUGAAAUGUUUAAAAGAUCGUCGGAUUACAUGGUGGUAGACAACAUGGUUGUCAAGUCGUUCAAGCUCAUCAUCAGCUACCGCGGAAGCGGAGCUAAAAGGCUAAUCAAUGUAACCCACUUUGCAUUCUUGUUCCCUCGUUUGACAUUGCACAAUCGUACCAUGAAGCCAGUAGAGCUGGCUAUGGUGAUCAAGCAGGUUUUGCUAAAGGCCUUAUUGAAGCAUGCUGGCAAGUUUCUGGGCAACAAAUUGAAAAGGCACUCACUCCAUAUCGAUGCGGCCAAAUCUCCCUUGCGGCAACUCUCGACUUAUCAGUCUUACACAAAGGUUGAAGAGUUAAAGUACGAAAAGGACGGCAACGUUACGGAUCACGUCAAGGCUGGCCCACAGGGCAGAUCCGAGGAUCGAAGUAGAACUGGCAGCAGCGCUUUACAAAACUCACAACACUCGAAGACAACACCUGAUGAAAAACAGUUGGUGGUGCGAGAAAAUGGCCAUAAAACGCAAGGCGACUCUGUAACUCAAGACCUGCAACAGGAGGCUGAAGCUAGCCCCGAAAAAAAAAAUACAACGAGCCGCAUUGAUGCGCAAGGCGAAGCUGGAGUUGACGUCGGAACUGGCCGUAGUCACGAGCAAAAUGGGUUCAACCAUAAAGUGGUCUCAUAA